AUGGUUUCCAGUCGCUUACAUAUUUAUAGUCUUCGCUGUGAUACCAGGAGCGCUGUUGGGGCUUUCCUUACUGCACUGGGCGGCGCUCGUUUUCGUCGGCCUGCCCUGCAUCCUGUUGAUCAUCGCUGCCUCCUGCGUCUUCGCGUGCCGGGCCCACACGCCUCACCUUCUGCCGGGGGUUCUCAAGAAACGAAUUACCGAUGGAUGCCGCCCAGUGCGCGGAUCCACGACGGGCCCGCCGCGGUCGCGGAGAAGGAGGGCCCCGCGGUGGCGCCCGGCAGCGCCGACGUCCGGGGCACAGGGCAGUGGCAGCUGGCACCGGCCGCCUACGGCGUCGGCUGGUACGUCCUGCUGGCAUUGGCAGUCGCGCUUCCGAAUGCGAAGUGGGCCGACAUGAAGUACGCGGAAUUUGACAGCCGGGAGCACAUUGGCAUGGGCUACUCGACCGCAUGCUCGGUGAUGUUCAUGGAGGACGUGGAUUGGGCCCUGGAGCCAUCUACUGGAGAUGCCCUUGCCAGGCAUCUCGAAGAUUGCACGGCAGACCUCGAGGAGCAAUGCAGCGCCAGCGGCGGACGAUUGUCCGCGACGCCCGGCGGCAACAGCGUGUACGAGAAUUCUUGGAAGGGCUGCAGCAACGCGACGACUGGACAGUGGGAGGAGAAAUGCUUGACCAUUACCGGCUGCGGGGGCCUCCACGAGGAGCAGUGCGCGAACGUCUCUCGGGCGGUCGAGCGGCCCUACAGCAUCACCUACGGCAGCGGCGCGAAGUGGUCCAAAGCGGCGGGGGGCAGCCCCUAUUGCAUCCCGGUCGGGUCGUUGUGCGAAGACGUCGACCGCGUCACCGCGGCGGGCGUCCUAGGCGCGGUGGGCGCCGCGCUGGCAGGCCUGGGGCUGCUGGCGAUCCUCUCCUACUGCUUCCUCGGCGGGGGCGGGAGCUCCAGAAGGAGAGCGCUGGUGGCAGCGGGGCUGGCCCUGUCCGCGGCGUGGGCCGCCCUCCUCGCCUCCUGGCUGCUCUUCCACCACGCGCUGGGGCACGUGACCACCUGCUACGUGCAGGCCGACCACAACAACGGCAUCGUCGCCGCCACCGGGCCCCUGGGGGACAUCGUCAACCCAGGUGGGAGCUACAGCUACUACUGCGUGGUCGGGGCCUGGGCGCUGCUCACGCCGGUCAUGCUCGCAGCCUGGGCGCGCGCCGCCGCAGAGCUCCGAGGGGGCGGCCACGCAGGGCCCAACGGCGCGACCGAGGCCGCCGCCGCCGCGGCCGCCGCCGCUCCGAAGGGCCAGGACGCGGAGGCUGCCGCGGGCGCCCAGGCGGGCUUCUGCGCGCCCACGGGCCCUUCGAUCGAGGCGGCCCCCUGCGGCGCGCUGGGGUCGCCCGGCGCGAACGGCUCGCACGCCGGGGCCAUCGGCCCAGACCAGGUGCAUGUGCAGGUGGGCGCGGACCGGCACAACGCCUCGGGCGUGGGGCCAGAGCCGGAACAGCCGCUGGGGGCGCCUGACGCCCUUGGCGUGCUGUUCGCGCCGUCUUCUGGCGCGGGCAGCCCGCCGGGCGACGCGGCAGGGGCUGACGCGGGCCGGGGGGUCGAUCGUAGGACGAUCCACUGCCUGUGCAACGGCGUGCCGAUCUGCGUCCCGCGCACGCGCUGA